GGCGGGGUGCGGAGACGUCGCCCCACCCCGGUGUCAGCACGGUUCUUACCGAACACGGAACUGCUCCGGUGCACUGCCCCAUCUCUGCAGACGUAAGAAGGGGAAGCGGACUGAGAGCGUGUCGUUUUGGAGGCACUGCUGUCUGUGAAUUGUCACUAAAGAUGUUCCGCUUGCGGGCAUUGUCCGCCCUUUCGGUGGGACUAGCUCAGUUGUCCCGACGCUACCACAGUGGGGCAGUCCGAGGGAAUGGCCAGAGGAGAGUCAUGAUGGCAGCCCUGGCUGGUGUGACUGGAGUGUCUGUUAGUGCUGGGCUUCUCUGGAAAAGAGCCUAUGCAGAGGCCGGGCCUUCUGUUCAACACCCUGAGCAGCAUGCCAAAGAGGAAGCUGGGUUUGUGAAGGAUGUAGACUCAGACACAGACUCAGAGAGAUCGGUGGAAGCCAGCAGUGGAGAUGAAGAAGGAAAAGAUGAGGGUGGAGAGGGGAAAAAGAAGAAGCCACGUUCUGGAUUCCGUGACCGCAAGGUGAUGGAGUAUGAGAACCGCAUAAGAGCUUAUUCGACUCCAGAUAAGAUUUUUCGCUACUUUGCCACACUGAAAGUCAUUGGUGAGCACGGAGAUGCUGAGGUUUACAUGACGCCCCAGGACUUCAUACGCUCCAUCACGCCUAAUGAAAAGCAGCCUGAAAGUCUAGGAUUGGAUCAGUUCAUUGUGAAGCGCUAUGAUGGAAAGAAGAUUGCCCAGGAGAGGGAGAAGUUUGCAGAUGAGGACAGCAUAUUUUACACACUGGGAGAAUGUGGCCUCAUCUCCUUCUCUGACUACAUCUUUCUCACCACUGUGUUGUCCACUCCCCAAAGGAACUUUGAGAUUGCCUUCAAGAUGUUUGAUCUGAAUGGCGAUGGAGAGGUGGACCUGGAGGAGUUUGAACAGGUCCAGAGCAUCAUCCGUUCCCAGACCAGUAUGGGCAUGCGACACCGCGACCGCUCCACCACAGGAAACACCUUGAAGACAGCUGGCUGCAGCUCUGCUCUCACCACCUACUUCUUUGGAGAAGACCUGAAGGGAAAACUCACCAUUGGCACUUUUCUUGAGUUUCAGAGGAAACUGCAGCACGACGUGCUCAAACUAGAGUUUGAGAGGAACGAUCCUGUGGACGGCCGAAUCACUGAGAGACAGUUUGGGGGUAUGCUGCUGGCCUACAGUGGCGUCCAGUCUCGUAAACUCAAACAUAUGCAAAAGGGCUUAAAGAAGAUGUUCAAGGAUGCACAGGGUAUCACAUUCCAGGAGGUGGAGAAUUUCUUCACUUUCCUGAAGAACGUGAAUGAUGUUGAUACAGCUCUGAGUUUCUACCACAUGGCUGGAGCCUCCAUAGAUAAAGUAACCAUGAAGCAGGUGGCUCGCACGGUGGCCAAGGUGGAGCUAUCCGAUCACGUCUGUGAUGUGGUGUUUGCUCUGUUCGACUGUGAUGGGAAUGGGGAGCUUAGUAAUAAGGAGUUCAUAGCCAUUAUGAAGCAGCGGCUGAUGCGUGGCUUGGAGAAACCCAAGGACAUGGGCUUCACUCGCCUGGUGCGUGCCAUGUGGAAGUGUUCGCAGGAAACCAUCUGGGACUUUGCUGCACCAAAGACACAAUAGAGACAGGAGGCAACAAAACAGACGAGCGACAAAAAGAAGUUUAUAUGUGACAACACCUGUAGCAUCAACAAGUCUGAGGGAUUCAAAGAGACACGUAAUGCAAAGAACUCCUGAGGGCCUCACCUCUGAGGAGCAUCAUCAGUCAUUAGCGCAUGUUGCUUUAGUUCAGGCUAUCGGUAUAUUGCCUGUAGCAUGCUGACACACUGCAGUAUGUCACUGGAGGCUUCUGGAGACAACCUGGGUAUUAGUAUAUUGUAAAAUAUACAGGAAAAGUUUGUAUGUUUAUAUUUGCCGUAUUCAAUUGAAGAAUGGGGGUGUCAGCUGGCGACUCACUGACCCUUUGUCAAACGCUACAAGUAGCACUUUUACAUUUACCAUGUUUAUUGCAAAAUGCAAGAAGCGAAAGGAAAUCAAUCUUAAUUGACCUUCAGUUGUGUAAAAGCUACAAUAUUUCUCUGUUCUAUAGGGAUGAGUGAGACCAGAAAAGUGUAAUCUCAUUGUCUGGUUGCUUUAACGUUUAUCGUUCUGUCCCAGCCCCCCACGUUGUAUAUACUUAUUAUUGCUCACUGAAAUACUUCGUAUAUGAAAUAUGUUAAAAGUGUUUUAUUAAAGAUGAUUUAUUAAUGUA